UCUCCAAACCCUUACGCAUCAGACACCUGUAACCCAAAGCAUCGCACUUUUAUCUCAUUUCGAUUUCCUCUCCUAGGGUUUCAGAUUCAAUCCCUAUUCAAAUCCCAGUAUGAGUUCGCCGACUUCCAAGGGAGGCAGAGGCAAGCCUAAAGCUUCCAAAUCCGUGUCCAGGUCUCACAAGGCUGGCCUCCAAUUUCCAGUUGGCCGUAUCGCUCGAUUCCUCAAGUCCGGCAAGUACGCCGAGCGAGUCGGUGCUGGCGCUCCGGUAUAUCUCUCUGCCGUUCUCGAGUAUCUCGCUGCUGAGGUACUUGAGCUUGCUGGCAAUGCAGCCAGAGACAACAAGAAGAAUCGAAUUGUUCCAAGGCAUAUUCAGCUGGCUGUGCGUAACGACGAGGAGUUGAGCAAGCUUUUGGGGACUGUUACUAUUGCUAAUGGCGGUGUUUUGCCAAACAUUCAUCAGACUCUGUUGCCGAAGAAGAUUGGUAGAGGGAAAGGAGACAUUGGAUCUGCCUCUCAAGAAUUUUAGAGCUGCUUGUUAAAAUUUGGGGACGAUUUGUUGUAAACACAAACUUUGGGAAUUUUGGUUUAGUAAUUAUCUUUGCGGAUUGAAAUUGACUGGCGUUUUUUAUGAGAUUUGUGCUACUUAUCGGUUGAGAAAUCAAAUUGAAAAUAUAAAAAUA